CAUUAGUAUAACUAACGUAUUUUAUACACAAUACUCGUUUAAUUUUGGUAUUGGUUGAUUCCGUAUACGUUUACAGUUAACGAUUAUUAUACAUGCCGUAUAAAGUUCUUGUAAAAUUGUUGGUGUUGUUGUUGUGCCCAGUUAGAUUGCAUGUUGCUUUGGCGUCCUGGCUUUUACGAUAUUGGUUAAAAGCAUAUAGGAAUGGGGGUGAAUCAAGAGACUUAACCGACCGAACGAUUAGAAGUGCUAUGUAAGAUUGGCUUAAGUUACCUAAGGACACAACACAUCCAAAGUGUUAAGCUAAGAUUUUAAUUUUCAUAUAUAUUUUUUCAAUUUUAAAUCCGAUACAAAUGGCUCCAGUUGUUGAAAAAAUAUUAGAUGGGUUGCUACUAGGAGAAGGUCCUCAUUGGGACGAUAAAAAUCAGUGCCUUUAUUUUUUGGAUAUGACAAGAAGUACCAUUCACAAAUACGUUCCUUCUACAAAAAAACACACCCAAGUAACAGUCGGUGACCAAAAUGUGUCAAUAAUAAUUCCAGUAAAGGACAAGAAAGACCACUUUGUUGUAACUUUGGAUAGAUCCAUAGCUCUUAUACAUUGGGAUGGAGAAAGUAACAAACUCACAAUUAAUAAAAUAUUAUACGAGGUAGAUCAUGGUACUAAACAUGUGUUUAAUGAUGGAAAGUGCGACAAAACUGGACGAAUAUGGGCAGGUACGAUGGCAGCUGCCGCUACCAGCCUUGAAGCUCUUGUUGACAAGCAGGGUACUCUUUACAGCUUUACAAAUAACGCAGUUAAAUCACAUAGAACUGAAAUUGGAAUAGCCAACGGCAUAGCGUUUGAUUACAAACGGAACAAAAUGUUUUAUAUCGACUCUUUCCGCAAAUCUCUCGACCAGUACGACAUUGAUUUUGGAACUGGAACUCUUUCUAAUUUAACAAGUGUUUUUUCAAAUGAGAAAGCUGGUAUACAGGAAGGACAUUUAUUGGAUGGAAUGACGAUAGAUACGGACGGUAAUUUAUGGGUAGCUGUUUUUGGAACUUCCAGAGUAUAUCAAAUUGAUCCAAAAAUUCCAGACACAGUGUUGCAAUAUAUUGAAUUUCCUGCCAAACAGAUUACGUCUGUGGCAUUUGGUGGUCCCAAUUUGGACGAACUUUAUGUAACUUCUGCCAACUUUGCAGCAGAAGCCUCAGGAAGCAGUCCGGGAUCUGUGUUUAGAGUAACAGGAUUGAAUGCAAAAGGAUUUCCAGCAGAUGAAGCAAUUGUUUAAAUAUCUGAAUAUGAGUGUGU